AAUUACUAUACGAGGGAACAGGGUCUAUUCCAUUCAUUUGUUUGUUAUUUCAAUUGUACGAACUUCCGGAGAAUUCAUUAUAACCUCCCAAAAGCAAUUACAGUAUGUCAGAUAGAAGUAUUUCUCAUGCAAUUUCAGGCGGCCUCUCAGGCUUGGUUUCUAUGGCUGUCACCUAUCCAUUGGUGACACUGAGUACUAAUGCACAAGCUAAGACCAGAAAUCAAGAAGAAGAAACCACAGAGGAGGAAGAGACUGCCAAAAUUGAUACCAACGAUGAUGAGGAUGAUGCAACAUCAACCAAAUCGUCUGUCAGCAAGCUUCCACUUCGCACAGUUCAUUCUGAGAUUCCGAAAGGUACAGAUGAGAUAGCCCAGAGUACAUUGUCAAUUGCCAGGGCAAAAUUGUUACAACUUCUAAGAAAAUUGUUACAUCGGUUGAAGUUUAUGAUUCAAAACUCAAAGAAAUAUUAUUCUGGUUUGGAAUCAGCAUUACUUGGUAUCGUUGCCGUCAAUUUCAUUUACUAUUAUGUCUAUAAUUUGGCUGGAAAUUAUUUCAAGAAACUGAACAAGGCCCCUCAGUCAGCUGGUCUGAACGUGAAGGAGAGUUUGCUCACCGGUUUAGCCGCAGGUAUAGUAUCUAGAGUCCUCACCAAUCCACUUUGGGUUGCUAACACUAGAAUGACUGUGAAACAAAAAAUGGAUGUUCAAGUUGACGGAAACGAAGGAGGAGAAGCCAAGAAGGUUGAUGUUUCACAACAAAACACGUUCAGGGUUAUGUAUGAAAUUUUCGAGAAGGAAGGUUUUAACGGGCUAUUUUCUGGCCUUGGGCCAGCUUUGAUAUUGGUUUCCUCACCAAUGAUUCAAUUUACGGUUUACGAACAGCUGAAGAACUUGUUGACAAAAUUACGCCAAAACGGUCGUGCCGGUUAUACUAAUAUUAGUUCGGUUGAAGCAUUGGUUUUAGGUUCCUUUGGAAAAUUAGUGGCAAUCUUAGCGACAUAUCCAUAUUAUACGAUUCGUUCCAGGAUGCAUUUGAGCACCAGCAAUGAGAACAGUUUUAAGGUAUUGUAUGGAGUGGUUCAAAAUGAGGGUAUUAGUGCGCUGUAUGGAGGUCUCAAUGCAAAGCUUUUGCAAAGUGUAGCCAGUGCCGGCUUGAUCUUUUAUUUCAAGGAAGAAAUGAUGACUUUGGUGGGAAGCGCAAUCCAAAAGCUAAGUGUCUUAUCUAAAGAGUCGAAGGUUUUAAGAAGCUGAUUUGUGUAUUUUUACCUAGAGCAGUUUAAGCAGUAAUAUUAAUUUAGUAAAGCUAUUUAUCGUGACAAUC